AUGUCCGACCAGAGCAGCAGCGAUGAUGGGGAGUCCGACCCCCAGCACAGCCUGUCCAUGGUCUUCCUCCUCGUCCUCGUCUUCUUCAUCAUGGGGCUGGUAGGAUUCCUGAUCUGCCAUGUCCUGAAGAAGAAGGGCUACCGGUGCCGGACUUUCCGGGACGAGCUCGACCCAGAUAACAAGGACGUGCUGGCGGAGCUCCAGGCCAAUGAAGAGGAGGAGCUGAAUGAGGACACUGUGGAGAAGAUCGUGAGAUGCAUCAUCCAAAACGAAGCCAAUGCAGAGGCCCUCAAGGAGAUGCUGGGGGACAAUGAAGGGGACAUCCCAGUGCCAGUGCCCAGCCUUUGUCCCCACCGCAACAGCCAGGAUGGGGGCCCACCACACCACCACACGGUGCAUCUGGGCUCCACGCAGGCCCCCUGCAUCCACUGCAGCAAGAGGAAGAGGCACCCGCUGCACCGGCAAGGAAGGUCCAAGGAUGGCAAAGGCAGGAUGCAUCCUGGAGAGACCACCGUCUUCUCAGUGGGCAGGUUUCGUGUCACGCACAUCGGGAAGAAGCCCACCUUCCCCGAGCAGCAGGACGGCGCCCAGCCUGACGGCAGCAGGGAGCCGAGCACAGAGGAGCUGGAGCACAGCAGCGAGCGGCUGCGGCGGGAGCGGGCUCGCAACGGGACUGUCCCCACGGGUGGCCUGGAGAAUGGGGCCGUCCAGGGGGGAGCAAAAAGCACGGAGCUGAGCCGCUCCAGCACCCCAGCUCCAAACACACCCGGCAGCCGGGACGGCAGAGCGGCGGGCAGGGUGGGCAGCUCUCCUGGGAGCACAAGUCACCAGUGGAGGCACCUGAGCCGUCGGGGUCUGGGAGGGUCGAGCCUCAGCAUCCCGGGGCAGCUGGGGCAGGAAGGAGGACAGAGAGGCAGCAUCUGCCAGGAGGAGGCCGGACUGGGGUCAGCAGAUGAGGUGUCGGAUAUUCACGGGAGCCUGAGCCUACAUGAAGGGGCGGAGGAGCUGGGAAGGGAGGAGAGCAGCAGAAGACAGCCUGCAGCAGAGGCCAUGGGGCAGCAGGAGCCCAGCACCAUGGUACAGGACCGAGGAGCCACUGUGUGA